AUGUCUGAACGAAAAGUUCUCACCAAAUAUUAUCCACCCGAUUUUGAUCCUUCGAAGAUUGUUCGGUCGCGCGCUCCGAAACAAGCAGGUCCAAAAGUACAGACAGUCCGUUUGAUGGCACCGUUUCCCAUGAAAUGUACUGCAUGUGGAGAAUAUAUUUACAAAGGUCGAAAAUUUAAUGCGCGCAAAGAAACUACAGAGGAAAAGUACCUGGCUAUUUCCAUUUAUAGAUUUUACAUCAAAUGUACGAGAUGUUCCGGCGAAAUUACAUUCAAGACAGAUCCCAAAAAUAUGGAUUAUCAAUGUGAGCGUGGCGCGAAACGGAAUACGGAACCAUGGCGUGUGAAUGGAGGAGGUCUUCAAGAGAGUGAUGAAGAGAGAUUGGAUCGUUUGGAAAGAGAAGAACAAGAGCGAGAUGCGAUGCAGGAGUUAGAAGAUAAAACCGCAGAGGCAAAAACUGAAAUGGCUGUCGCUGAUGCAUUGGAUGAGAUUCGCACAAGAAACGCAAGGAAUGAACGAGUCGGGAAGGAUGGAACGGAAGUCACAGUGACUCGAGAAAAUGUUGAUUUAGAACGGGAAAGGCAAGAAAGGGAGGACGAAGAGGCAGCCCGAAGGGCUUUUCUGAGAAGACAAGAGGCUAUGGAGGAGAUCAUAGAGGAUGAUACUGAUGACGCGGGUGCAGGACCAGCACCAAAGAUUACUAAAGAGGAGGCAUUAGCGAUGCCACCUCCGAGCUUCAAACGGGUUAUGAUUCCGGAAUGA